AUGGGAAUCGCCUUGGGAGAGUUUGAGGAGAGUCGUUUGCAGAGCUCCUUGCUGAAGUCGAUCUAUGAAGAUGAGGAGGAAGAGGAGAAGGAGGUGGAGGUGGAGUUGGAGGUUGAGGAGGCGACGCUGAGAACGGUGCAAGACUCGUUGAAGGAAGAGAUCGAGGCCUUGAAGAGAGCGUUGGAGGAGGCAGCAAGGGAGAAGGAGGAGAUUGCAAAGUGCUCAGAGAUAGAACUUGGGAUCCUCAAGACAAAAAUGCGAGAUGUCAUUCAAGAGAACAGCCUCGACGUCAGAACAAGUCAUCGAAGCCCUUCAACUGUGCAACAGGUCAUGGAGGAGUUCGAUGAUUUGUGCAAUGAGAUCCGUCGACUUCGAUCGGAGCAUAAUGCCGUCCUGAAGGCAUACACUGAAAAGGAGAAGACGCUAGCAGCUCAGCAGGAGGCGCAAUGGCGGAUGAUGGAGGACCAUGAGAACGCCUUGCGAGACCUCAAGGACCUGCGACAACGCUCAGCUGGCUACCAGCUGGAAGCGGAGGAAUGCCGAAAAAUGGCGGGCAAGGCUCUUGACAAGCUUGAUCGCGUUGAACCCCUCCUGGAGGCCGCCGUCAAACGGGCUGAAACGUGGAGGAGGGAGAAGCAGCAGCUGGAAAAGCAGCAGACAUCUGCGAGAUCAGCUGCGGAGAGAAGGAGGGACGUUGAGACCUCACAUGUUUCUCCUGCAGUCGCCCGGAAGGAGGGAGGAGGAGACUCGGAGGGACUAUGCCGGCAGAUCUUGAGCUUGGUUGUGACCUGUGAAGAUCUGAAGAAGAAACUCGCUGAAGAAACAAAGAGGAGGCGCAGGCUGGAGGAGGAGAGGGCGAGGGAGCACGGGGCUCAGACGUCUUUGUUUCUCUCCGACAUCUUCAGCUCCAGCCACUCUGAGGGCUUUCGGAGUAUGAGCAGGAGCGUUCUCUCCGAUCCCUCCUAG